UGAUCGAAGUUAGCUAAAGCUAAAACUGUGAUCAUGGUAUUCGAGUCGGUCGUGGUUGACGUCCUCAACCGGUUUUUGGGGGACUAUGUCGUUAACCUGGACUGCUCGCAGCUCAGCCUCGGCAUAUGGGGAGGUGAUGCUAUACUUAGAAAUUUGGAAAUAAAGGAGAAUGCUUUGAGUCAGUUGGACAUCCCCUUUAAAGUGAGAGCAGGACACAUAGGACGCUUAGAGCUAAAGAUACCCUGGAAGAAUCUAUACACCCAGUCAGUGGAGGCGACGUUGGAUGAAGUCUACCUCCUCAUCGUCCCCACUGCUAGCAUAAAGUACGACCCUGAAAAAGAGGAGAAGCAGCUCCAGGAGGCCAGACAGAGAGAACUGCAGAGAAUCGAGGACACCAAGCUAAAAGCCGCAGAGAAAGAGAAUCCCAAAAUAGAGAAGCAGGAUACAUUUGUGGAGAAGUUGGUCACCCAGGUCAUAAAAAAUCUUCAAGUGAAAAUCUCAAACAUUCAUAUUCGGUAUGAGGAUGAUAUCACUAAUCCUAAUUCCCCCCUCUCCUUCGGAGUUUCGCUUCAGAACCUCAGUCUCCAGACGGCUGAUGAACAUUGGAAGCCAUGUUUACUGGACGAGAAAGCAAAGUUAUUUUACAAGCUUGUGCGUCUUGACAAUCUGUUUGCGUACUGGAACGUGAACUCGGAGCUGUAUUCCAAUCACGUUCCAGAAGAGGCUCUGCGAUGCCUGCAGCACAAUGUUGCCGUCCAGAACUCCAUUCCACAGGAUUACCAAUUCAUUUUUCGUCCAAUAUCUGCCAAUGCCAAAUUACGAAUGAACCCGCGCUCAGAUAUUGAUCACUUCGCACCAAAGGUCGACCUUGUUGUGAACCUUCCGGAAGUAGCUGUGGUACUCAACAGACCGCAGUAUGUCAGUAUGCUUGAGCUUCUGGGGUCAGUAGACAUGAUGGCACGCAACCUGCCUUACCGGAAAUAUCGCCCCGAAGUUCCGGUCCACAAGAACGCCCGCCGCUGGUGGAAUUACGUCAUCACCGGGAUUUUAGAGGUGAACGUCAAACCUCGGGUCCACAUGUGGUCCUGGCAGCACAUCCGUCGCCAUCGGCAACAGGUCAAACGGUACCGGGAGCUUUACAAGAACAAGAUUACCAACAAGAAGCCCAGUGAGGUUCUGCUGAAGCAGCUGGAGGAGACAGAGAAAACUCUGGAUAUUUUCAACAUCACGUUGGCCAGACAACAAGCUGAGAUGGAGGCCUCCAAGGCAGGGUUGCGAAUAUAUCGUCCAGGGAUGAAGAUGGAAGAGGAGCAGUCCCAGGGUUGGUUUGGCUGGAUGUGGAACUGGUCAGGCGACAGCUCCGCAGAGACCAAAGAGGUCAAGUCUGGAGGAUUUGACGAGGUCAUGACCCCUGAAGAGAAGUCCAAGCUGUACACUGCCAUUGGAUACAGCGAAACAGCUGUCAAUCACAACCUGCCGAAAGAUUUUGAGGACAUGAAGAUGAAUUUCCAGCUGGUGAACAUGUCCAUUGCAAUUAAAGACAGUCAAGACAAACCGGACAUUAUAAAACUCUCUGUCAUCGAUCUGAGGGCUACGCUGACACAGAGACCUGGUGCACAAGCCAUAAAAAUCUCAGCUCUGCUGUCGUCGUUUGAGGUGACGGGCCUGGCCCAGAACCGGGUCGCUCCUCUCCUCAUGUCGUCUCGGCGCGUGAAGGUGGAGAAUAAGAACCCUCUGCUCAGUCUGAUGUUUGAGACCAAUCCUCUUGACGGGACGGCACACCAGAGACUUCACGUUGAGUCCCAGCCUCUGGAAAUCAUUUAUGACGCCAUGACAGUGAACAGUAUGUCUGCAUUCUUUACACCACCUGAGCAUCUCCAGCUGGAUGAGCUGACCAACGCCACCCUCAUGAAACUAGAGCAGUUUCGAGACAGGACAGCCACAGGACUCAAGUACGUCAUCGAAACCCAGAAAGUUCUGGAUCUGAAAAUUAACCUCAUGGCUUCCUACGUUAUUAUACCCCAAAUGGGCUUUUACGACACCAACAAAAACCUCAUCGUGUUUGAUUUGGGUCACUUCCGGAUGUCCAGUCAGAACAGGGCGGAGUCUGUGCAGAGCUGUAUCACGAUGGAGGAGCUCAUGGGUCGAGCCUACGACAGCUUUGACAUUCAGCUCAGCAGUCUACAGCUCCUCUACAGCAAACCGGACGGAGACUGGAAGAAGGCCCGUAAAGAGAGAAAGUCUCUUCUUCACAUACUGGAGCCUGUGGACCUGAAGGUGGUGUUCAGCAGAGCCAUGGUUGUCACUGACUCCAGAAUGCCAAAGUUUAAGAUUGCGGGGGAGCUGCCCUUGCUGUCUGUGAGGAUCUCUGAUGAUAAAGUGCGUGGGGUGCUGGAGUUAAUCGACAGUAUUCCUCUCCCGGAGAAACGACCAGCUCCACGCAACGCAGGCCAGCAAGUCACACCUAAGGUCUCCAAACAGAAGGAGACCCCUCAGUUAACUCCUCGCAGACCUGUCAUCGCCGACAUACGCUCCUCUCUCAUUUUUGACUCCGGUUCGGAGGAGGAGCUGUUUUAUGAUGCUCCCAGUUCUCCCAUUGAAGAUCUCCCAUUCUUUGAGGCCUCCUCAGGCUCCCUACAGAGGUCCUCCUCUGUAAAGAGGAGGUCUGUGUUGAAGACUGACCCGAUGAAGAACAUGACAGAGUUCCUCCUCAACUUUGAGAUCAGCGAGCUGUCCAUCCAGCUGUGCCGUGUGUCCGAGGGUCACGAGGUCACGGUGUUGCACCUGGACAUCGAGGGUUUGGGUACGGAGCUCAAAGUGAGGACGUUCGACAUGUCGUCUUACACCUUCCUCAAAGAGAUCUGUCUGAAAUGUCCGGAGUACAUGGAUGGGGAGGCAAAGCCUGUCCACCUCAUUACCACGCUGGACAACACUGAGGUGGACCUGCUCACUCUGGAGUAUGUCAAGGCUGACAAGACGAGUCCUGAUUUUAAGAAUUCAUACAAGAACACAGAACAGCUCAUCAAAGUGAACUUUUCCUCUCUGGACGUGCACUUACACAUCGAAGCGCUCCUGAACGCCAUGAACUUCCUCAACAGCCUGCUCCCGCCGCCGAAGAACGAAACGCAGGAGGGCAUUCCCUCCAUCCCUGAGGAAGAGGAGGAAGAGGCUGAAGGAGGGGAGGAGAAGAAGGAGGAGUCCGCCGUUGCUAAGAAACCUGUGACAAAGAAGUCCAAAUUUGAGGAUGUGGUGAACUUGCACAUCAGAGCUGAUCUGUCAUGUCUCAAAGUUUUCAUCAGAGGACAGAAAGCGCGCAUCUCUGAGAUCUGUAUUGAAGGUCUGGUAUCUGAGGUUCAGAUGAAGAAAAAGUCUGUUGAGGUUUCAGCGAAUCUCAAAAACAUUGUCAUUCUGGACUGUGACAAAGAGGCCCUGUACAAGCAGGCCGUCUCCAUCGCGGAUAAGGAGGUCUUCGACUUCCGGAUGGUGAACUACGGGGACGCCACGGAAGGCGACGCUUACGCUGACAUGAAGGUGGUCGACACCAGCGUGACUCUGAGCGUGGGCUGCAUCCAGGUCAUCUUCCUCAACAAGUUCGUCUCCACCAUCUUGGCGUUUAUCAACAACUUCCAGACGGCCAAGCAGGCUCUGGCGGAGGUGACGGUGCAGGCGGCCGAGAAGGCGGCCACGGGCGUUUUGGAGCUGGCGGAGAGGAGCACCAGGAUCUCGUUGGACGUUGCCGUCAAAGCCCCCGUGAUCUUCCUCCCCCAGUCGUCCAUCUCCACCAACGUCAUCGUCGCUGACCUGGGGCAGGUGAAGGUGAAGAACCACUUCGCCGUGGCUCCGUCCCAGACGUUCACCAAGGUCCCCCCCGUCGUGGACAUUAUGAAAGUUGAACUGAGUGACUUAAAGAUGUACAGAACCACGUUUAAAGACGAGAAGUUUCAGACCGAGAUCCAGCUCCUGAAGCCGCUCAAUCUGGAUUUGUCCGUCAAUCGUAAUCUGUCAGCAUCCUGGUACCACAACAUCCCAGACAUUGAGAUUAAUGCUCACCUCAAACCAAUGAACCUGAUUCUGAGUGAGGAGGACAUGACGGUGGUGUUGAAGACCCUGAAUGAGAACCUUUCCGAGUCGUCGGAUGCAAUUCCUCCUCCUGCAGUUCCAGACAAAUCAGACACGUCCUCCACCAAAGACUCCCAGGGGAACGGAGGGACCACGGUCGUCACAUCAGCGGUGGUGGAGACCCAGAAAACGACCACGCUGAAGAACACCUUAAAUCUCGACUUCGUGUUCGACUCCAUGACCUUGCUCCUUUACAGCCCCAGCGGUAAUGAGACCCAGUUGCUGGACUCUCGGGAUGAGUGUUUGAAGCUGGCGGAGUUUACCCUGGGCACCAUCUCCACCUCCGUUAAAAUGUUCUCCGACAGCUCCAUGACCGCAACUGUCCAACUGGCUAACUGCCUGCUGGAAGACAAGAGACAGGGAGUGAAAAUGAUCACAUCCAGAAUGAUGGCCAUGCGUGAAGGAGCAGAGAACAACGUGAUGAUGAGGGUGGGUUACCGUCAGGGGCACGACGGAACAUUUUUGCACACGGUGGUGCAGGAUCUGUACCUCUGCGGCAGUAUGGAGUUUCUCCUGACGGUGGUGAACAUCUUCCUCAAAGCUACUGCUCAGGGCUUCUCCACCCCGGCCAAGAACAACAAACAGCCGGUUGCCUCCACCAAAGAGACAGCUCCCGCUCAGCCCGUGGUCAGUAAAACAGAGAUAAGCGUCGAGGUCCGGAAUCCCGAGAUCGUCUUUGUGGCGGACUUGACUCGCGCCGACGCCCCGGCCCUCGUCAUGACGACCGAGUGCGAGGUGCUUCUGAGGAGCGACCCGAACCGCCAGGUGAUGACGGCCACCAUUAGGGACCUGGGCGUGGUGGCCUGCCCGUUUCUACGGGAACGCCGCGAGAACAACACCACCACGGUUCUCCAGCCCUGUGAGGUGUUCUUCAACAGCUCCCAGGCGCCCGGAUCGCCACAGAACAUUGACCUGAGCAUCAAGGAGCUCACGCUCAAGGUUUCUCCCAUCAUAAUCAACACCAUCAUAACCAUCCAGUCAGCUCUGACGCCUGCUGCCGAGACGCCGGAGGAACUGGAGAGCCCCGUGCCCCCUGACCUGUGGGUGCGGCGGGGGUGGAAAGACCUGAAGCUCUGGUUCCUGGAGGAAGAGGGUGAGGAGGCCACCAGGGCUCUGACGCGGCUGAUACCCCAGGGAGAGUCCCUCGCGGUGGGCAUCGAGUCCAUCUGCGUCACCCUGGAGGCCGGGGUGGGCCACCGCACCAUCCCCAUGCUGCUGGCGAAGGCGUCGUUUAAGGGAGAGAUGAAAGACUGGAGCACCCUCAUUAACCUCCACAGUCACCUCACGCUGGAGGUGAACUAUUAUAACGAGGUUAUGGGUGUUUGGGAGCCCCUGUUGGAGCCCUUGGAGGAUGAGACCAGGGAUGGAUUCAGACCUUGGACCCUGACCAUGAAGAUGAAGAAGAAACCGUUGAAGUACCUUGAGGUGUGUGAUGAGGUGGACGGCGGAAUUCCCGACUACAAAACCGUCAUCACCAUCUCAAGCAACGACCAACUUAACAUCAUGCUCUCCAAAAACGGACUCAGCAUGCUCAGUAAUUUAGGCACGGCCUUCUCUGAAGCCGCCAAGCAGACGGCAGAGUGUUUCCAGAAGGACCAGGCUCCGUUCGUGGUGAAGAACCGUCUGGGUCUGGCCGUGUCCGUGGAACACAGCGAGCUCUUUAACCCGAUCGGCAAAAAGUCGGUGAAACGCACGGUGGAGCUGCAGGACGGGGAAAACAUGAACAUGGACUACACCCGGACCGCCGCGGCUUCGGACCAGUUCUCCGCCAUGACCAACCUCAGCAACAAAAACUACAUCAAGCCCACUCCGGUGGGUCACACGGCGGCCAGUGUCAUUCAGCUGAUUAAAGUAGGGCGGGGCAUGUACAGCGUCAUGCACGAGGCCUCGCGUGUCACACGCUUCUUCGUCUGUCAGAUUUACACGGUGGAGGGCAGCAAGUACGUCAAAAUCCGCUCCCCUUUCCAGAUCAUAAACCAUUUCUCUAUCCCAUUCCGAGUGUUUGAAGGCUCUGCUCAUCUGGGCACGUGCAAACCAUCUGAGGAGUACUGUGUCCCGCUGGAGUCCUACAGGUCAGAACCUGCGCUGUGUACACGACCCGGAGAUGAGGAUUACGGCCGCUCUGAAGGUUUUUCCUACGAGUUGGCGAGUCAGAGCCCCGGGGAGUGUCUGGAACAAACGUGCCGUCACCAAGGCGACGCCUCCCGCAUUUUCAAGAUCAACCUCGUCCCGCUCAAGGACGCGGUCACCUCCCACACCGAGGAGGUGUUCGACGAGCCUUACGUCCUCCACCUGUGGCCUGUCGUCCUUUUCCGGAACCUUCUGCCGUACCCCAUCACCUACACCCUAAAGGGGAAUGGAGGCUCCUCCUCCAUCACACUUAAAGAAGGCCACUCCUCCCAGAUCCACACUGCCAUUAUUGACCAAUCCAGUCUGGACCUGCGGUUGCUAGGUUACCUGUCGCAGGACUGGGAGGCCGAGUACAGUCUUCGCAGCGACCAGGAGGAGAUCAGCUUCGUAACGUUCCGUUCACUGCACGUGGAGGAAGAGGGCGGGCCGAGGGCGGAGCUGGACAUCGCCGUCCACGUGACGUACGAGCCUGGCCAAUCAGUGGUGGCCAUUCACUCACCCUAUUGGAUGGUGAAUAAAACAGGCCGGCUGCUGCAGUACAAAGCCGACGACAUCCACCGCAAACACCCUAUGGACUACGACAUGCCCCUGCUCUUCUCCUUCAAACCACGCAACUUCCUACAGAACAACAAGGUGCGUCUCAUGAUCUCAGACAGCGAGCUGUCCGAUGAUUUCUCCAUAGACACAAUGGGAAGUUACGGCGAUGUCAAAUGCAAAGGUCCAAUCAAAGAUUAUCUGGUUGGAGUGAAAAUCGAUGCCAGCAGUUUCAGUCUGACCAGGCUGGUGACCUUCCUGCCCUUUUACAUGCUGGUGAACAGAACCAAACACGUCAUCAGAGUCUGCGAGGAGGGAAAGGACGAGUGGACCAAAGCCCAGCCCGGACAGGCUGCUAUACCAUUCUGGCCAGAGAGAGAGUCUAAGAAACUUCUAGUCAAAGUUGACAGCUGUCAGUCACCUCCCCGAGUCAUCGAUUUCCACAAGCCUGAAAACUGUCUCUUAUUACGCCUGGACAACACCCUGGGUGGGAUCAUCGUGGACGUAAAUCUGACGGAACAUUCCACCAUUAUCCGGUUUUCCGACUAUCACGACGGCGCCGCUCCAUUUCUCCUGAUCAACCACACGAAGGACAAAACUCUGGAAUUCUACCAAAGCUCUCAGACGGAAAAAGAGGAGCUGGAGGCUGGGAAGGCGGUUUACUACACCUGGGCCGAACCCACCGGAUCACAGGUCCUACGCUGGAACCUGGGGGGCUACAGUGGAGAGCUGAAGAAUGAGGAGGACUUGCUCCUGGAUGUGAAUCAGGAGGGAAAGCUAUUCGUCAUUUCAUUUUACGAAGGUCUCCAACGGGUGGCGCUGUUCACGGAGGAGCGCCGUAUCUUCAAAUUGCUCUACGACAGCGAGAGAAUCGAAGUGGCCAAUCAGGAAAUAAUUCUCGCCCUGAAGAAUGUUGGCAUCUCUUUGGUCAAUAACACCACUAGCCAAGAGGUGGCUUUCAUCGGGGUGACCAGUUCUGAUGUGGUGUGGGAGACUAAACCCAAGAAGAAAAGCCGUUGGAAGGUGAUGAGUAAUAAAGACACUGAGAUACUGGAGAAACAUUACAGAGAGUACAUUGAGAGAAGCCCGAUAGACCUGUGCAUCGUAGACCUGGACAACAACUGGCAGGUGUGUCUGACUCCUAAUGGAGCUGACAUGAAGGUUCUGCAGCCUCACGAGGCCCCGCUGCGGAGGCACUUCCUGCCGGCUCUAAAGGUGGAGUACAGCGUCUCCACCCGCCAGCGCUCCUACCGGGUCCAGAUCAACAGGAUUCAGAUCCAAAACCAACUCCCUGGAGCCAUUUUCCCAUUUGUCUUCUACCCAAUAAAACCCCCCAAAUCUGUGAGCAUGGAUUCAGAACCCAGACCUCUGACUGAUGUUAGCAUUGUCACAAGAGCAGCUGGGCACUCUGACAUCUUACGCAUCAAGUAUUUUAAAGUUCUGAUCCAGGAGAUGGACUUGAGACUGGACCUGGGUUUCCUGUACGCUGUGCUGGAACUGUUCUCCUCUGAACAUGCCCCUGCCAUGACUGCAGAGCAGGAGGUGGAGUUAUUUGAGAAAGACAUUGAAUAUCUGAAGACAGAACUGAACCAUGUCUCUGCCACGGACACGUCUGCCAUCAGUCUCUAUGAGUACUUCCACAUCACCCCUAUUAAACUUCAUCUGAGUUUCUCUCUGAGUUCCGGAGGAGAGGACGGAAAUAAAUCGAAGCGGGAGACGGAAAUGAUUCCCGUCCAGUCCCUGAACCUGCUGCUGAAGAGCAUCGGAGCCACGCUCACUGACGUGCAGGACGUCCUCUUCAAACUGGCUUUCUUUGAGUUGCUGUACCAGUUCCGCACGACCCAGCAGUUACAGAGUGAGGUGAUGCGACAUUAUUCUAAACAGGCUAUAAAGCAGAUGUAUGUGCUUGUGCUGGGUUUAGACGUCUUGGGUAACCCAUUUGGACUGAUCCGCGGUCUCUCUGAAGGAGUCGAAGCCUUCUUUUAUGAGCCAUACCAGGGUGCAAUCCAGGGACCUGAGGAGUUUGUGGAGGGAAUGGCUCUGGGUGUGAAAGCUCUUGUUGGAGGGGCAGUGGGGGGCCUGGCGGGAGCCGCCUCUCGGAUCACCGGCGCCAUGGCCAAAGGCGUGGCUGCCAUCACCAUGGAUGAGGAGUACCAACAGAAGAGACGCGAGGCCAUGAACAGGCAGCCCAGCGGGCUCAGGGAGGGCAUCACCAGAGGCGGCAAGGGCCUCGUGUCUGGCUUCGUCAGUGGUAUUACUGGCAUUGUAACCAAGCCCAUCAAAGGUGCUCAGAAGGAGGGGGCAGCUGGUUUCUUUAAGGGCAUGGGGAAGGGACUCGUCGGAGCUGUGGCUCGACCAACUGGAGGCAUUAUUGACAUGGCCAGCAGCACCUUUCAGGGCAUAAAGAGAGCCGCAGAGACGUCGCAGGACGUGGAGAGUUUGCGACCGCCUCGUUUCAUCCACGAGGACGGCGUGAUCAGGCCGUAUAAGGAGAGAGAAGGUUUAGGCAGUCAGAUGCUACAGAAAAUCGAAAAUGGACGGUUUGCAAAGUACAGAUAUUUCGCUCACGCCAAGGUGAACGAUUCCGAUUUCCUGAUGAUCACAAAAAGGGGCAUAUUUUUUGUGACUACGGGGACUUUCGGCCAGUUAACGUGUGAAUGGCAGUACCUCUUUGACGAGUUUACCAAAGACCCAGUGAUUGUGGGGGGGAGAAGGUUGCGAAUCGAAGCAAAGGAGAGAGUCAAAUCUGUGUUUCAUGCCAAAGAGUUUGGAAAGAUCAUCAACUUCAAGACUCCAGAAAUAGCCAAGUGGGUCCUUGCCAAGUUGGAAGACGCGAGAGAGAGCCUACCAAAAUAAUGGCGGCCCCAACAGUAACAAAGGAGAAGAUAGGACGACACAC